AUGAGUGUUCCACAGCCUGACCCGGAUGAGAUGCCCCCCUCCACCGUCACCCCUGUCACCACUCCCACCCUGAGCCCGACCCCACCAAUCACAGACGAGCUGGAGUGUAAGAUCUGUUACCAGCGUUACAAUGUUCACAACCGCAGGCCCAAGAUCCUAGACUGCCUCCACCGGGUGUGUGCCCGCUGCCUCAACAAGAUCCUGGACGCGGGGGACGUCUUGGGCUGCAUUUCCUGCCCCUUCUGCCGACACGAAACAGAGGUCAGCGAAUACGAAGUGUCGGGCCUCCCCGACGACUCCAACGUCAUAUCCUGCCUGGCUGUCAGGGAUAAGUCCUGGAGCUCCGACCGAGAGGUGACCCUCACCCCCGAGAGCCUGUCCUCCACCUCCACCUCGCACCACUCCUCCAACUGCCUGGUGAUCACUAUCAUGGAGGUUCAGAGAGACACGGGGCCCGGGGGCCUGGGCAGCUCAGACCACUACACAGAGCACAGCCUGGACUCUAACUCUGUGGGCUCCAACGGGCAGGAGGUUCAGGAAGCCCUGUCCAAGAUGUGUUCGCACGUCCCCCGGAUCCUGGUGUGGCUCCUGGGGCUGUUCUACUUCGGGUCCCUGCCCCUGGGCAUCUACCUGCUGGUGAUCCAGAGGGUGACGCUGGGCAUAGUCUGUGUGAGCCUGGUACCGUCCAGUCUGACUGUGUGUCUGGUCUAUGGGUUCUGCCAGUGUCUCUGCCAGGGCAUGUGUGACUGCUCGUCUAGGGGCUGA